AUGGCAUUCGUUCUACGGCGCCCGUUCGCCGUUACGGCAGCCCUCAAGCAACUACCCAAGGCCACGUCGACAACCACACGCGCCUUCCACCACACGCCACUCAAGUCCUCACCACAGAACUUCUUCAGCUCGAAAACCACAUCACCGAUCGUCUCCAAGUCUCGCAAUGUCUUCCAGCAGACUUUCCGCCGCAGCUACCAGACGCCCACACAAUCUUACCAGGUUCCCGCUGGCGACUUCAGACAGCGGCUACUAUACGGUGCCGGUAUCUUCGGUGGCACGCUUGUCGCCAUCAACCUCAUCUUCAACCGUGAAACAAGAGAGGAUGGCGGCAUGCCACCAUACGAGCGUACUUAUCUGAAUGACACGUUCAUGCACACUGGUCUCGGUAUCGGCAUCAUCGGUGUGGCAGCGACAGCACUCCACAGGAGCGGGUGGAGCUACAGGCUCAUGGCAGCAAACCCGUGGAUGGUCCUCGGUGUUGGUCUAGUCGGCUCUAUCGGUACGAUGUAUCUGGCUAUGAACACCCCACCUGAGAACUACGUCCAGAAGUACGCUCUCUGGGGCGCCUUCAACCUCACGCAAGCCGCCCUUCUCUCGCCCAUGCUCUUCUUCCAGCCCGCGCUCAUCGCCCGCGCCGGCCUCUACACUCUCGGCAUGAUGGGCUCGAUUGCCUUUGUCGGCGCCACCGCUAAGCAAGAGAAAUACCUAUACCUCGGCGGUCCUCUGCUCGCGGGUGUUGCCAUCGUCGCACUGUCCGGUCUCGCUCCCCUCGUCGUUCCCGCCACCGCCACGCGGACACUGAUGGCGACGGAGAACAUCUGGUUGUAUGGCGGCUUGGCUGUCUUCGGUGGCUUCACGCUCUAUGACGUGCAGAAGGUGCUUCACCACGCACGGCUGGCGAAGCAGGGGCUCAUGAAGCCAGAUCCGGUCAAUGAGAGCAUUAGCUUGGAGUUAGACUUCAUCAACAUAUUUGUGCGGAUGGUGCAGCUCUUGGCAAGGAGUCAGGGUAACAAGCGGCGCUGA